UCCCGAACGCGUCCAUCAAGUCAACAAACCAAAUUUGGGGCUCAAGUUCCCCCGUCUCCCGGUCAAUCCAAAUCCGGGACUUUCCGUUCGAACACCGGGGGGAAAACGAGAGUUGAUAUAAUGAAUCUUUGCAAACAAAAAUAGAAGCAGUUUCUACAAUCAUACCUCUUUCAUAUUCUCACUACAGAGCUCUCCGAAAACCAUAAGAAAAACUACUGAGUGAAUCUUCGGCACUAAAAGGCUCAGGUUGUCACCUACGCAGCACCAGCAAUGGCGGAGAUUAAGAAGUUGAUCAUCGCCGUUGAGGGCACAGGGGCCAUGGGCCCCUUCUGGCGUACCAUCCUCUCUGAUUAUCUUGAGAAGAUUGUCAGGUCUCUCUGUGGUAACGAGAUAGCAGGACAGAAGCUCUCUGCUCCGAUUGCUGAGUUCUCAUUGGUCUCAUUUAAUACACAUGGACCUUAUUGUGCUUGCUUAGUACAACGGAGUGGGUGGACAAGAAAUGUUGAUACCUUCUUACAAUGGCUAUCGGCGAUACCCUUUAGUGGUGGUGGUUUUAAUGACGCUGCAAUUGCAGAGGGGCUUUCAGAAGCUCUAAUGAUGUUCCCUAUUUCUCCAAGUGGAAUUGAAUGUCAAAGACAUUGCAUUCUUGUUGCUGCGAGUAACCCUUACCCAUUGCCUACGCCAGUUUAUAGGCCGCAAUUGCAAAAUUUGGAACGGGGUGAAAAUAUUGAAGCAGAAACAGAAAAUCAUUUAUCUGAUGCUGAGACACUUGCUAAAUCAUUUGCCCAGUGCUCUGUCUCACUUUCUAUCAUCUGCCCGAAACAGCUUCCAAAACUUAGAGCAAUCUACAAUGCAGGAAAGCGCAACCAACGCACUACAGAUCCACCAGUUGACAGUGCUAAAAAUCCUCAUUUUCUAGUUCUAAUAUCAGAGAAUUUCAUGGAGGCUCGUGCUGCUUUAAGUCGUCCUGGAGUAACAAAUUUGGCUUCUAACCAAAGUCCCGUGAAGAUGGAUAUUGCUUCUGUCAAUUUAGUAACAGGAGCACCUCCAACUUCAAUUCCAUCAGUGAACGGAUCGGUCAUAAACAGGCAACCAAUUUCUGGUGGAAACCCUACUACUGCCACUGUUAAAGUUGAGCCUAGCACUGUCACUUCGAUGGGAAGCCAACCUACAUUUCCACAAAUUCCGACUGUUGCCCGCCCUGCUUCUCAAGGUGUCCCAAGCAGCUUGCAAACUUUGUCACCAUCUUCUGCUUCUCAAGACAUGAUGACAAAUGGCGAGAAUGUGCAAGAAGUAAAACCCAUUGUCAGUGGGAUGCCACAGUCCCUUCGUCCUGUACAUCCUGCUGCUGCAAAUGUGAGCAUUCUGAACAAUCUCUCUCAAGCACGAGUGAUGAACUCUGCAGCUCUAACUGGAGGCACUUCUAUUGGACUCCCAUCCAUGGGUCAAACUCCUGUUGCCAUGCAUAUGUCAAACAUGAUAUCCAGUGGAAUGACAUCUUCCAUGCCAGCUGCUCAAACUGCUUUUUCUUCUGGGCAAUCUGCCCUCACUUCAGUAACAGGGACUCUUGCAGCAAAUUCGCAAGUUCCACAGAACACAGGUCUUGGUUCAUUAACUUCCACAACUUCUAAUGUGCCCGGAAAUUUAAACCCUGGGAGCACACUACCAAUGGGAAAUCUUCAAGGAGGCGUUAGUGUGGGACAGUCCGUACAUGGCAUGAGCCAAGGAAAUCUUUCAGGGGGACAAAUUGUGCAAAAUGGGAUUAACAUGAAUCAGAGCAUGAUGGCGGGUCUUCGUCCAUCAAGUGUCUCUUCUGGAACUGGCAUGAUGAUUCCUACACCGGGAAUGACUCAUCAAGGACAACCAGGGACCCAGCCUCUUGGUGCAAGCAACAAUUCAGCAGUUAGUAUGCCAUUGUCACAACAGACAUCAGGCGCCUUGCAGUCCGCACAAUCAAAAUAUAUUAAAGUCUGGGAGGGAAACUUGUCUGGGCAGAGACAAGGGCAGCCAGUAUUUAUCACCAGACUUGAAGGCUAUAGAAGUUUCUCGGCUGCUGAGAAUCUUGCAGCUAACUGGCCACCGACGAUGCAGAUAGUUAGGCUCAUAUCUCAAGACCACAUGAAUAACAAGCAAUAUGUCGGAAAGGCUGAUUUUCUGGUAUUUCGGGCAUUGAAUCAGCAUGGGUUUCUUGCCCAGCUGCAAGAAAAGAAACUUUGUGCAGUCAUCCAAUUACCAUCACAAACGUUACUGCUUUCUGUUUCUGACAAAGCCUUCCGCUUGAUUGGAAUGCUCUUUCCUGGGGAUAUGGUUGUGUUUAAGCCACAGAUACCCAGUCAGCAGCAACAAUUGCAACAGCAGAUGCAAUCACAGCAGCAUCCGCAGCUACAACAGCAACAGCUACAACAACUGCAACAACAGCAACAGCAUUCUCAACCGCAACAGCAGCAACAGCUUACUCAAAUGCCGCAACAACUUAACCAAAUGCCGCAACAGCAACCACCGCUCCAUCAAUUGCAGCAACAGCAGCUUCCACAACAGCAACAAAUGGUUGGGACAGGAAUGGGUCAAUCUUUUGUUCAAGGUUCAGGACGGUCACAAUUGGUUUCCCAAGGACAAGUUUCAUCACAAGGACCACCUAAUAACGUGCCUGGAGGUGGGUUUAUGAGUUGAAAAGACCUCCCUUCAAUGGCAACACAAUGUACUGCUGCACAAGGUAAUAAGUUCUAGUCAUAUUGAUGGUCACUGUAAGGCUUAUCAGUGAUCUUCGUGAGUCUCUUUCUAGAGGUGGUAAUGGUAUAUUAUAGACUUAUAGAAACCUCUGGAACCCCGAUGGUUGUUUUUUUUUCAGACCUCUUAAGAAAGUGAAGUGGUAAUUUAUAGAAAUAUCUGGAUUAUGAACUUUCUGGGAGUA